GAACGCCCCGAAUUGCGGCCCGCAAUCACACACUACUGGAGCUUCAACGACUAAACAAUAGCAACCAUCCUGAGUGAAUUAGCUAGCUACUGAGAAUAAUUUAUAUAGGAAUCAAGGUGGCAGCACUAGUGAAAAUCCUAGCAUCUGCUAAACUGAAACAAAUCCGGAGAUCCAAACCACGGCGAAAUCAGGCCAAAUCGCACCAUGACCUGCUGCGUAGUGGACAAACCUCAACAUGGAGCUUCACACUCGAAGUCUGAUUUAGCUGAAGGCAGGAGCUGAAGGUGAUGAUAUCUCUCAGGGAAGAGGAGAGCUAGACUACGCAGCACUAGCAAGAUCUGUAAUACUGAGUGAAGGGCUGUGCGAGAGGGACUCAAAGAGAACCCACCUUGCUUGGUUGUCGUAGUGUGCAGAGGAGAGGAGUGCUCCUCAGUAGUAGCAGCAGCCAUGGGUCUGGUAGCUUACCUGAAGACCCAGUUUGUUCUGCAGCUCCUCCUGGGUUUUGUGUUUGUGGUGAGCGGCCUCCUCAUCAACUUCAUCCAGUUGUUGACGUGCGUCCUGUGGCCCAUCGACAAGCAGCUGUACCGCAGGAUCAACACCAGGCUCUCCUACUCCCUCUGGAGCCAGCUGGUGAUGCUGCUGGAGUGGUGGUCGGGAACACAGUGCACCCUCUACACAGAUCAGGCCACGGUGGACAAGUUCGGCAAGGAACACGUCAUCAUCAUCCUCAACCACAACUAUGAGAUUGACUUCCUGUGCGGCUGGACUAUCUGUGAGCGAUACGGAGUCCUAGGGAGUUCCAAGGUGCUGGCCAAACACGAGCUGCUGAAGGUGCCUCUGAUUGGCUGGACCUGGUAUUUCCUGGAGAUCGUGUUCUGUAAGAGGAAGUGGGAGGAGGACAGAGAGACCGUGUUCAGAGGGCUAGAAAGACUCAGAGACUACCCUGAGUUUAUGUGGUUCCUGCUGUACUGUGAAGGCACUCGCUUCACAGAGAAGAAGCACCAGAUCAGUAUGGAAGUGGCACAGAGUAAAGGCCUGCCCAAGCUCAAAUACCACCUGCUGCCCAGAACCAAAGGCUUCACCACCGCACUCAAAUGCCUCCAGGGCACAGUGUCUGCUGUGUAUGACGUCACACUGAACUUUAAAGACCACCAAGUCCCCACUCUGCUGGGCAUCAUCAACGGCAAGAAAUACAUGGCAGAUAUGAGAAUCAGGCGGUUCCCUGUAGAGGAGAUCCCAGAAGAUGAGAAGGAGUGUGCCAACUGGCUUCAUAAACUCUACCAGGAGAAGGAUGCUUUGCAGGAGCACUACCAUAAAGAGGGCACUUUCCCGGGUCCAACCAUCACCCCUCCUCGCCGGUUGUGGACGCUACUCAACUUCCUGUUCUGGGCGGCCCUGCUGCUCUCACCCCUCAUCAACUUCGCCUGUGGGGUGGUGGUGAGCGGCUCCCCCCUCCUCAUCCUCGGCUUCAGCCUCUUCCUCAUCGUAGCCUCCAUAGCCAUCCGGCGCCUGAUCGGUGUCACCGAGGUAAAGAAGACCGGCUCCAGUUACGGUGACGAGGGGUCCAAGAAACAGAACUAGACCUCUACCUCCCCCCUGUUGGUUGCUGUACGGUCCUCCUGCGGUUCCCCUCCCUCUAUUCUGUUGUCCUGAAGGUGCAGUCAGCACGCCGGGGAGGGGGCCAAACCAUUACACCUAGAGAUAAAACCGAUAGAUCUGGAUGGGACCAAACCAUUACACAUAGAGAUAAAACGGAUAGAUCUGGAUGGGACCAAACCAUUACACCUAGAGAUAAAAUGGAUAGAUCUGUAGAGUGCCAAACCGUUACACCUAGAGAUAAAACGGAUAGAUCUGGAGGGGGCCAAACCGUUACACCUAGAGAUACCACAUAUACAUCUGGAGGGAGCCAAACCAUUACACCUAGAAAUAAAAUGGAUAGAACUAGAGGGGGCCAAACCAUUACAGAUAGAUAAAACAGAUCUGUAGGGGACCAAAACAUUACACCUAGAGAUAAAACAGAGAGAUCUGGAGAAAGAGAGAGAGAGCGUUAUGACCAUGGAAUGGAGUGUAGAGAGAGAGCGACAGGAAGACAGUCUGGAGCCAGCUCUCUGUGGAGUAGGAGAGGGCAGAAGGAGAGGCUAUGACCAGGCUCUUUGCCCCCCUUAACAAUUCCCUCUGAUGUCCCCGGCCACGCCCACUCUUCACCUCCUGACCACUGGGGUCCUCACCACCGGACAACUAGUCAGCUCACCACACAGAAACAAGCCCACUUCCUGUUCUGAGCUAACCACUUCCUUUUCCUGUCACAUGCUCUGGUCCUUUUUUUUUCUUUUUUCUUGAGGUUGGUGUUACUCGUGUUCACCUCUUGUAACGACAUACAGUACAUCUCCCCCUCGUUCUACCAAAUGACUGGACUUCAAAUGGGAACCAGUUUCUUGAGGCUCAGCCUGGUUUCCACUUUGCUUUUAACCUCUAAGAAAAAGGUGUUUAUUUUUUCACUGUGCUUCCUAUCUCUGCUGUGGGAGCCCGCCCCCUUUUAUAUUUGUUGUCCAGAUUCAAAAUCAAAUAUAAUGUGGCGUUUCCAUGAAUCUACAAGUCUAUGCAUUCUGGUCACUGUUGAAUAUUACCACGGCACUUAUUUUCAUCUGGGCUAUGUACAACAGCAGAGAUGGGACUUCCAGUGUUUUUGAAUACUGAGGCAGGUUUCUGUGUGUUAAGACUACAGUAAGGGCUCUGUAUUCAUUAACUACACACUAAUUAACUACUUACUAACAUUUUGUUAUCUUUGACAUGAUAUUCGACUCCACUGUUCCAACGCCCUCAAGUUCUGACUAAUUAUUAUUUUAUGUAGGUUUUUUUCCGCAUUCUCCCAUGCUUGCUCGCAAGUAGAUGUCUGCACACACAUUAACAUGCCAUUUUAUGACUAGCCAGUUCCUGAGUGAACUUCUCUUCUUCUGUUGUCUCCGCUCUGUUUUACACAGCUCAACCACUCCCGGUGUCUAUACACAGCUCAACCACUCCCGGUGUCUAUACACAGCUCAACCACUCCCGGUGUCUAUACACAGCUCAACCACUCCCGGUGUCUAUACACAGCUCAACCACUCUCCAUGUCAGUGUGACUCUUAUAAUAACCAAUUCCAGUCAAAACAGACUAUAACCCCACCUACCCUUUUAUAGUUGAAAUGCACUAGCUACUGAUUCUCUCCAGCUGUAGACUCUAGUAAUGUUUGCCUCUGCAAGGGUGACUGUUUGAUUGGUUACUAAGCCGAUGAGAACUAAGGUGAUUGUUUGAUUGGUUACACCGUUCCUAUCUCUUAGGCUAGGGUGAUUUGAUUGGUUACUAAGUUCCCGUCCUACCUCAUCUCUUAAGCAAGGGUAAUUUUGAUUGGUUACUAAAUUCCAUUCCUACCUCAUCUCUUCCUCUACUAAAGUCUUGGUGCACUGUGGGUAUAGUUGAAUAUUCUCCAUGUUAGUUCUGGCAUGUUUAUUAGGCCCUGGUGUAUGUUGACAUGGUGCAGGAGCAAAAGGAUCUUAUUGAAUUGCAAUUACAUGUGUCAUUUAACAGAAGCUCUAAUCCAGAGCAAUUUACAAUACCGUCCAUUACAGUACUGUUCUACAUCUCAGUAGCCAGCGAUAUGUUACUAAAAGCUGCUUCCAGGUCCUGAGCUGCACAGGAAGGAGGUUUUUGCCCCGUUGUUUAUUUCUUACUGCUAUUCCCUGCAUGCUACAGCACCACCCUGAGCUCAGGCACAGCAACUGCACUUGCUUUCCAACACACCUGCACUUGCUUUGAACACAUCGCACAUUGUUUAUCUAUUUACACUCUGAUGAGUGUAAAUGGGAGGAUGCUGACUUUCCUUUACAAACUGGGAAUGGCAUGAAAGCAGGUGUCAGAUCACAGGGGACUGGUAUUUCCCGAGUGCAACAUGCAAACAUAGCAGCAACACGUCGUCGUCAUCAUCCCUUGUCUGGAGAAGACACCCAGUCUGUUACGACAUCACCAGCUUUUCACCGUGUGUUGUUAAUGUCCUUUGUUCUUCUUUUAUUUUAUUGUAGCGUUUAAAUGUUGUUGUUUUUAACCAGGACAGAUUCAUGCAAGCCAUAACAGAGUGCAGCUUCAUUAUAUUGUGUGAACUUAGGCAGACCACGCUUCCUCAGCCCCCUUAUAGUACAUUUGGAUUGGCAAGUGGUGUGGGAGACUGAAUUAGUAAGGUUCACAUACAUCUGCCCUCUGUUAAAAAAGAAAAAUAACUCCUGUUUAUUUCUCAAUAUAGAAUCCUGGAAACAAGUAUUUUUUUUUUGGGGGGGGUAGUUGAUAAGGCAGUUGGUUGAUAAGGUUAGUGUUAAGGCUGAAGAUAUGGGGGUUCCAUGAGAAUCUGCUUAUUGUUACAGUAAUAGUUAAGAGGGCCCCAUUUUUAGUAAUAGACUCCGUGUCCCAUGAUGCUUCUGUGUCCCAUACCUCUGUUACAACUCCUGUUAAAUCUCUCAACUGUCAAUACACCUGUUUCAGUAGCUUAAGAGAGAUCUGGGCCCAUAUCCACAGAGUCUAACAGUAGGAGUGCUGAUCUAGGAUCUUUCCAUAUAUUCUUAUUAAUUCUGAUCGAAAAGGCUAAACUGAUCCUAUAUCAGCCCUCCUGCUCUGAGAGGCUUUGUGGGUACGGGCCCUGUUCUAAGUUGUGGGGCAUACGUUUUAUCUCAUCUCCAGUGUCCUUCCCAUACUGUAAUUCCAAACUACAGUACCCAUCAGGCACUGGUGCAGUCCCACCACUCCCUCAGGUAUCUAUCAGUCAGCUGUGUUUACACAGGCAGCCCAAUUCUGAUAUUUUUUUCACUAGUCGGUCUUUUGACCAAUCGGAUCAGCUCUGAAAAAGAUUUGACAUGGAAAGGCCAAUUAGUGGAGAAACGACCCAAAUUGGGCUGCCUGUGUAAACGCAGCCUAUGGUGUAUCUAUUCCAGAGCAACAGGACAAAUGCAGAGAAGUUAACACUAUUUGACAUUUUCUAACACUGGAGGUUUGUACUGCAAAAAAAUCCCACUAAUUUCUGAUUUUCUUAUUUUUGGUAAAGUUCUCAACUAAAGAAACAAGUAACGUUAGAAAUUCAACACUGAAAUUUGAACCUUUUUUGGCAUGAAAGUUGUUAAAGUUGCAUCUCGACUCAACUUACAUUUGUCUUUUUUCUAAGUCUAUUUGUAUCUGUUGUUUCUUUAAGUAAACAAUUAAGAAUAUUAAAGGAUUUAAUCAGGCAA